CAAUAUUUUCAUUUUUGUUUCUUGCAGUAAAAUUCAUUUUAUAGUAAAAAAUAGAGCAAUAUUCGUGAGAAAUUACUUUUAAAUUGUGGUUUUUAUGAAUCAUGAAGCUAUGAUAUUAUUGUAGCAUCAAGAAAAACAUCAAUAAGUGCAUUAACAUCAGAAACGCAGCUCAUUUGGCGUGAUCAAAUCCUCGUUCAAUCACUACGAAAAUUUCCCAAUUUCAAAAGGCUUCGUCAUUAAAAGUCCGACAACAUGAGUGCUGACGGUUCUUCCAUACGGUUUAGCGACCACACAUUGGACAAAGCAACAAAAGCAAAGGUGACUCUGGAAAAUUACUACAGUAAUUUAGUGACACAAUAUGGAGAGCGCAAACAACGGCUCGCUAAGUUAGAGGCUCAGUUGAAGGAUGAAAGUCUAACGGAAUCGCAGAGGCAAGAGAAGAGGUUGCAGCACGCGCAAAAGGAAACAGAAUUUCUACGCCUUAAAAGAUUACGUUUAGGUGUCGAAGAUUUUGAAGCAUUAAAGGUGAUUGGCAGAGGUGCGUUCGGAGAGGUGCGGUUGGUGCAGAAGAAGGACACAGGACAUGUUUAUGCUAUGAAAGUAUUGCGCAAAGCAGACAUGCUUGAAAAGGAACAAGUAGCACACGUCCGUGCCGAGCGCGACGUACUCGUCGAAGCUGAUCAUCAAUGGGUGGUGAAGAUGUAUUACAGCUUUCAGGAUCCUGUCAAUUUGUAUUUAAUAAUGGAGUUUCUACCGGGAGGUGAUAUGAUGACGCUUCUAAUGAAAAAGGAUACGCUCUCUGAAGAAUGUACACAAUUCUACAUAAGCGAAACAGCUUUGGCAAUUGACUCGAUUCAUAAAUUGGGUUUCAUACACAGGGACAUAAAGCCUGAUAACUUACUGCUUGACGCACGUGGACACUUAAAGCUCUCUGAUUUCGGACUUUGUACGGGAUUAAAAAAAUCGCAUCGCACCGACUUUUAUCGGGACCUUUCACAAGCGAAACCAUCCGAUUUCAUUGGGACCUGCGCUAGUCCAAUGGAUUCAAAACGCCGUGCGGAAUCGUGGAAACGCAAUCGCCGAGCUUUGGCAUACAGCACAGUUGGUACGCCCGAUUACAUUGCCCCAGAAGUAUUCUUACAGACUGGCUAUGGACCGGCGUGCGACUGGUGGUCAUUAGGUGUGAUAAUGUACGAAAUGCUAAUGGGUUACCCACCAUUUUGCUCGGACAAUCCUCAAGAUACAUAUCGCAAAGUGAUGAAUUGGCGUGAAACAUUAAUAUUCCCGCCCGAAAUACCCAUAUCUGAAGAGGCGAAAGACACCAUUGUCAAGUUUUGCUGCGAAGCCGAUCGUCGCUUAGGCUCGCAGCGCGGUCUAGAGGAUUUGAAAUCUGUGCCGUUCUUUAGAGGCGUAGAUUGGGAACAUAUUCGUGAGCGUCCCGCAGCCAUCCCCGUCGAUGUGCGUUCCAUUGAUGAUACAUCAAACUUUGACGAAUUCCCCGAUGUCUCGCUUGAAAUACCAUCGGCACCUAUACCUCAAGGCAGUGAAAUCGCUAAGGAUUGGGUCUUCAUUAACUACACAUUUAAACGUUUUGAAGUUCGAAAUUUAGAAUGAAGUCAUUGCUAUUUGGCAGUGUUAAGUAGGAAUGCUUUAUUAAAUUCGUUUCAAUGAUUUAAUAUCGAAAAAUAAUAUUUUAAGUUUAUAUUUAUUGAGUUAAUUUAGACCAGUGUGCGAAAACAAUUAACAUUAUUAACUAUUUAAUCGUUAUUCCAUAUUCAAACUUAUGUGUAAAUGUAGUGGACAGCUUGUGAUGAUUAUGUCAAAUGUAAUUAUUAUGUAAGUUUUGUUAAACAAAAAAUACCCACUUAACAAAAUUUUUAAGUGUUGUUUUCCAUAAGAAGUUUUUUUUAGUUUCUUCAAUGUCUGAACAUAUUUACUAAUUUACGAUGUUUUUUCUUAAAUGCAAAAUUUGUGAGCAAUGACCAUUAUUAUUAUUGAAAAAUGCAGCAACACCUAUUAAAUUUAACCCCCACUUAAAAUAGGAUUUAAUCGUAUUUGCCUAUGUUUACCGUGAUUAAAUGUGAACGUUUAAACUGAAUUAAGUAUUAUCAUUCAUAAUGCUAAAUACAAUGUAUUAAUGUAUGUACUGAUCAAAUACAAUAUAAUGGUGUACAAUGCGCUAUACUUAAUAAAAAAAAUAGCAGUUUAUUUGCGCUUCUAGAUGUUACGUAUAACACGUUAGGAAACACUCACACUCAAAAACAAAUUUUAAAUUAUUUUUGGUAAUGCAUAGAAAUAAUAAAUAAACGAUAAUAAAUAUAUAAUUGACUAGAUAUCGCAAUAAACAACGCAUGUGAAUUUGCAAAAUAGAAAGAAA